UCUCUCUCCACUAGAUUUUAAACAGACCACAGAGAAUGAGAAGAUAAACACACAGGCAGGAAGGACUGACCAGAGAGAGAGAGAGGGAAAGAGAGAGAGAGAGAGAGCAUCCAGUGCUCACACUUUCUGCUUUUAUUGAGAGGAGAGAAACUACAGAUCACAACUCCAAUCUCUCAUCAGUUGCAAGAAGUCCUUCACGCUGUUGUUUUAACCCUGCCGCCUAAUUUUUCCUCGCAUUGCUGCCUGCUUUUAUGAAGAGGGAACUUGCUAUUAUAUCUGGGAUAUACUUACGUGACACUUUUUUUUUCCUCUUGGUCACUUUUUUUUUUUUUUGAAUUAUCGAACGCAUGAGUUGUUUUUUUUUCGGUUUGCGUGAAUUGAACCGGGGCGCGUUCGGCUCUCCCCGAGGUGUCGUCAGUGCUGGGAUGCUCUGUGUGGAAUGACAGCCGAGCCGCCCGGAUUGCCCGCACACGUGGGACGCUUUUAAGAGCCCUCUCCGCCAGGCUGAAGGUGAAGUGAAAGGAAAGGUUUCUGUCGAGCGAGCCGAGAACGCGUCUCCAGUCCAGUGGCAAUGGGUCUCUCCACGUUCAGAGGUUUCUCUGAUGUGCCCUGAACGGAGUGCGCCCCCCACCCCGGCCCCUCCCUCAGCGCCUCCCUCCGCAGGAUGGAUCUGGCACCCUCCCGCAGGGCGGACCCUGACGGGCUGGACCUCCAGCAGGUGCCGGUCCUGUCCAUCGACCAAAUCCGGGCCAUCAGGGCCAGCAACGACUACGUGGAGCGGCCGGCGGUGCCGCCGGAGCCCGCCGCCGCCGCCCCCGCCGCCCAGCCGGGCCUCUUCCUGGCCCACGAUGAGCGCCACGCCCAGCUCCCGCGCAGCCAGAGCCACCACCAACACGCCCACCUGGCGCACCUGAGCCGCUCCAGCACGGUCAGCUCCAUGUCACGGAGCAGUGCCGCCUCCGACCAGAGACUGCUGGCCGGCCUCACCCCGUCGCACUCCGGCCUGCUCCCCGUGGUGCGCAGCCAGCCCAAGGGCGAGCUGAAGCCCGACAGACUGGGGAAGGGCCCCGCCGAGGCCGAGGAUUUCGGGCGGCACCUCUUCAUCUGCGAGCGCUGCGGCCGCUGCAAGUGCCGGGAGUGCGGCGCCCCCCGGAGCCUGCCGUCCUGCUGGGUGUGCGAGCAGCGCUGCCUCUGCUCGGCCGAGAGCGUGGUGGAGAACGGCACCUGCCUCUGCUGCGUCAAGGGCCUCUUCUACCACUGCUCCGCCGACGACGAAGACAACUGCGCCGACCGGCCCUGCUCGUGCGGGCCCGGCCGCGCCUGCGCCCGCUGGGGCACAAUGGCGCUCAUGUCCCUCUGCCUGCCCUGCCUCUGCUGCUACCCGCCCGCCAAGCUGUGCCUCGCCGCCUGCCAGCGCGGGUACGACCGGGCCGCCCGGCCCGGCUGCCGCUGCAGCAACACCAACACCGUCUGCCGCAAGAUCUCCGCCUCCAACCCCGCGCCCUUCCCAAAGUCUCUGGAGAAGCCCGUAUGACAGAAAGGACACCCCCCCCCUCCCACCACCACCGCUCCGAGCCCUUGCAACAUUCCCCCCCCCAAGGAGGGACCAAAAGCUUUGGAUGUCAAGACUGACGCUGACGCAGCCACGCCCCACAACCCCCUACACAACAAACUGCCACCCACCGAACCAGGCAAAACUGUGCCAUUUCCUGGAAGUGAUGCCCCCAAUGGUUUCUCUUUAGCCAACUUUAUUUAUUUAUUUUAACUUCGUUCAGCAAGGCUAACAGACCAGAUCAUGUGUCACUAACAGCGAGGGAGCAAGUAGCCUCCCUCAAACGUAUUGGUCAGCAGUGAAUCUGCUGUUUCUGUCAGGCGAGUGUGGUCAUGGUUCUGGUAAGGGCUAGGUGGGUGCGGGGGACUGAUGGAUGGACAGACUGCCGGUAAACCAUCUGCUGUAAACUCCCACGGAUCCCAGUAGAGUAGAGAAAUUGGGGUGCCUCAUUUUUUUUUGCCUGGCGUUGAUACAGAUGCACACCCGGGAGAUCAGCCAAAUUGAUUCUGAAAGUGGGAAAAGCGCAGUGAAUGGAGUUACAAGGCUUGUUUGAUAUGGAGAGCACUGUGACAGAGGCUUGCCUGGCCCCAGACUCCUGGGAUGGGGACCGUCUGAGCCGCGGCUUCCUCCAAAAGGACCAAUGAGAGCCACGCGAGCACAAGCGGCGGUCUCAGACCUUCCCGACCUGCACUUCCUGUUAUUUAUAGAGGAGCAGAUUCAAAGACAGAGUGCCUGGUCAGGUUUCUGCUCUCGCCAGCCAGACGCCAGCUUUCAGCCGCUAACGUCCUUGCCCCCCCGCCCCCCCAUAC